AUGGAGAAGUCACUGGUCUGUGCUGCCACUGGAGACUUCCACUUCCACACAUUUGGAGGAACCCACUAUGAAUUCCCUGGCUCUUGUGUCUACCGCCUGGUGGGUCUCUGUGGCACAGCCCAUGCCAACCUUGAGCCCUUCAGUCUGGAUUUGACCCCAUUGCUGCGGCCACGUGGCUGGACCAAGGCCCUGACCCUCUCAGCCUGUGGCCUGAGGCUGGACAUGAGUCCAAAAGAUCUCAACCACAUCCGGGUGGAUGGAAUUCUGGAAUCACUGCCCUUCUUUCACGGCCACUGCCUCCGUGCCUACUACCAAGGCCAUCAGCUCUGCGUAGACACGGACUUCGGCCUCUCCCUGACUUACGAUUGGGACAGCCUGGCACGUGUAACACUGCCGAGGCGCUAUGGACCCUACCUGUGUGGGCUGUGUGGCCAACACAGUCCGAGCAGCCCCACCAUGCAGGUGCCUGACACCUGGAAGGUGGCAGAAGUGUCUGGUUGUGGCCCAUUCUGCGGGCCCCUCUGUCCCCGCCCCUGCCCAGAAGCCAAGCGCACUGGAUUCGCUGGAGACGCCUACUGUGGGCUGCUGACGGCGGCCGAGGGUCCCUUCGGGUCAUGCUACGCCGCGCUGGACCCGCUCCCGUUCAUGGACAACUGCCUGGACGACGUGUGUCGCCACUACGGCGCUCAUCACAUCGUCUGCCGAGCCCUGACGGCCUACACUGUCGCCUGUCAGGCUCUGGGCGUGCGCCUGAGGCCCUGGAGGACGCCUGACUUCUGUCGUGACUCUUUCUUCCUGUCUUUUGUGCCUGUCUCAUUCUCACUGUCUCUCUGUCUCCCCGGUGCUUCUCUGUGCCUCCCUGUCUCUACCUCGCCUUCCUAUUCUCUGUUCCUCGUUCUCUCUCUCCGCCGUGUUGCUCUCCACGCCCCCCCCCCCCGCCGCCGCCCCGGCCCGUCACCCUCCGUCUCCGUCUUCCCGUCUGUUCCUCCCUCCCGCCUUACCCGUUUCUCCCACCCUCGCUAUUUCUUCCCCGUGUCUCUCCAUCUCUUUCCCCUCACUGGGCCCCCACAACCACACCCCACCCCGCGGCCCUCCCCAGCCUUGCGCUGUCCCCCGCACUCGCACUACGAGCUGUGCGGCCCGUGCUGCCCCGCCACGUGCGCGGGCCCAGAGAACUGCUCCGGCCGCGGCGCCAGCGGCAGCCGCUGCUGUGAGGGCUGCGUGUGCGACGCGGGCUUCGUGCUGAGCGGCGCCGCCUGCGUGCCUGCGGCCAAGUGCGGCUGCCUCCGCGCCGGCCGCUACCGAGCUCUGGGCGCCGCGUGGUACCCCGGGCCCGGCUGCGCACGUCGCUGCCAUUGCGGCCCGGGCGGCGCGGUGACGUGCGGGCCGCGGCCGUGCCGGCGCGGGCGAGUGUGCGGCCUGCGCGGAGGCGAGCGCCGGUGCUUUCCCGAAGGACGAGGCAGCUGCGCCCUCGCCGGGCCCGCGCACGUGCUCGCCUUCGAUGGCCGCGUGCUCACGCUGCCACCGCCCGCGCCCUUCCCUUCUGGGCCCUGCCUCCACCUGCUGGCCCGCAGCGGAAGCCAGGGGCCCUGUCGCUUCAGCCUAGACGCGGCCCGCGAUGGGGCCGGGCUGCUCAGCCUGCACCUCAACAUCUCCGGGCACCACCUGCAGCUACACCGCUCCCUUGUCGGCGUCAUCACGGUUGGGGAAACUCUGGUCCUACCUGGCUGCCAGGAACGCUGUAUGUGCUUGCGUGGUCAAGGCCUCCAGUGCCAGCCCUUUUCCUGCCCACAGGGCACAGGCUGCAUCCUGGAUGGGGGUGUGCGGUCCUGUGAAACUGGGGAGGGUGCUACAUGCCACCUCGAGCCGGGGGGCCACUUCACCACCUUUGAUGGCUUUAGUGGGCUCACACCCAUGCCUGUUACAUCCUGUGCCUAUGAGCUAGCCACAGUGGUGGGUUCCAGAACUGAGGAUCCUGACUGGUUCCAUGUCAUUGCUGACUUCCUGCCCUGUCCUGGCUGCACUACUCGCAAACCACGAGUGAUCAUCGGCUUCAGGGAUGGCUGUGCAGCUGUGGGAACCAAUCAAGAAAUAUGGGUGAACGGACAACCUGCGCGGCUCCCAGUCCAAGUGUGCAGGGGCGUGGUCGCACGCUGGGCCGAGGGCUCCCAGGUUGUCAUCGAGAGAUCCCCCACGCUGCGGGUGCUGGUGGGGCCGGAAGGGGCCGUGGCCCUACGGGCCUCCCCCGCGCUCCAAGGACGCCUCCGAGCAGCCUGCGGGGACUACAACGGAAUUGCAGCCGACGACCUGAUACUCCCAGGAGGACUCCGGGGUGCCAGCCUAACCGACGUGUUCCAGGCGUGCCGGGCUCGGGGCUUCAACAACUGCACGGAGAAGCUUGUUACUCCAGCCGUGACACAACACUUCGCCUGACGCCGUCCCUCUGUGUGUCCCCGUGGCUGGGACCUCCUGACACACACCUGCCCUUGGGAUGGGAACCCACGGACGUCCC